CUGCACUCGGCAAGCUAGCGCGGCGGGAUAUCAGCUCAGCAUGCAGUAUCGUCACAUUUUUUCAUGGAAUUUUGCUGUUGAAAUGAACUUCGUUUGCUGAUCCCAUGUGAUGGAAUUUCAACACAGAGUUACUGCGGAGCACCAUGUCUCUGGUCACACAUGGUCAAAGGUUAACUCAGAUGAGAUCCUCACUGCUUCCCCUUCCUCAACCAACUCCUCACCGGCACUGACUCCUCGCAAGUGGUCUCACAAGAAAUUUGGUCAUAGGAAGAGACCAGCAGUCCCCGAGUUGCCAACCUUACGCCCGCGACGUCACACAGCAACACAAAGCACCCCCUCAUUGACAGAAACUGCAGAGCCCGGGAGCGCGACCGGUCCGUCGCCGCGCAAGGAAGAAAAGAAGAAAAAGAGGCGAGCGUCUGAUGCCAAGUGGCGCUCCAAUCUUUCAGUUUGCUUCAAGCAUCUGGAGACCAAGGUGCUUCGUGCCAGAAGCUGUUCCAAAACUCGGCUCUCAAAGGAGAUGAUUGUGCAGAAGACUGUGCAAAAAGUACAGUACUUAGAAUCUAUCUUUAUGUUAUUGAAUCAAGCGGAUAAGAAAGGUAAAAAGUGUGAAUUUUCACCAGUGCGAGGGCUUCAAAGUCUGCAGUCGGCCCGCAGAGAGUUUGCUAACAGGUCCUACUACAGAAACAUACAGAAAGCACAAGGAAGAAGCAGUACAAAUACGGCCGUUGAGAAUCCAGAUCCAAAACCAAGCCUGCAAGAGGGUGUUGUGCCAGAGAAUAGCAGAACCAACAGUGAGCAGUUAGUUCCUCCCUCUGUGACAAUAACAGCAGGUCAAGUAAUGAAAGAGAAGUCAAGGGGGAACAAAUCAAGUUCCCACGCAAGCAGAACUGCAACAAAGCAAAAAGCAGCCCAGCAAGACAGAGCUGUCCCAUCCACCCCGACCAAAUCUCUCAUCUGUGAGGAGCAAGACCUGGAUCCCGAGGACCCAUCUCCUAAGACUCCCAAGUUUAAUACCAAGGAUCCCACAAAGGGUGGCUUCAGUGGACACAUCUCACAAUUCCAAGUGAUGACAUCGCCAAGGCGCAAAGCGCCAAGCAAUACAGCCCAGAUCCCAAGUCAGAGCCCAGUCAGAAGUGGCAGAAAGGGCAUUCCGACCACGCCUUCACUCUACAGCCCAGAUAAACCCCAAGCAUGGAGUCCACUAAAUUACAAAAAGGCUGAUGUCGGGCAAGUGGGUUCAAAGAGUAGCCGUUCUGCAAGUCCGGCCAGGAAGAAUGGAGGAGCUGAUCCCCACCGAUCACCGAACAACCUGGUCGUUACAAGUCCAGCCAAAAGUCCGGCCGCAAAGUAUGACCGAGUUGCUCCUCACUGGCCAGCUUACUGGAGUCCAGCUAAAAGUCCAGCAGAGAGCCCAGUCGCUAGCUCUGGGCUCGCAAGCCCCUGCCGAGUCCCAUGUUGGAGCCCGCCGCGAACACCAAACGCUAGUCCAGCGACAAGACGUGGCAGUGUGGCACUGUCAUACCGGCCAUCAAAUUGGAGUCCGGCUGGUAAAGUGGCCAGCAAGAAUGCUUUUGGCUACCAGCCACAGUAUAGUCCUGGACACAGCCCAGUUGUUCACCAAGUAAUGGCUGAUUUCAUCCGACCACUGGCAUCGUGCCCAACCAGAGCUUCGGCCUAUGCUUUGGCCACUAGUCCAGGGAGAAGCUACGGAAGCAUUGAUCUUGUGAGCUCAUCUGAUCUCGUCAUGACUUCACCAUCCAAACGAUACAAGAUUGUCGGGAAGUCCAUCAUGAGCUUGGGAGAUGCUGAGCCUGGAACAUGGGAGAUCCCACCAUUUCCCAGCUCUGAUGUCGCGGGCAGAUCAACACCGGACUUGACAUGUCAAGAAGAGAUCCUGUCUUGGAGAGAAGAAAACAAAUCCAAGAAUCUCACCCCUUACACCACGCCCAGCUCCAACCGUUUCCCCCUUUCCUCCACCUCCCAACCUCCCUCUGUUCCCCCCAAGAAGCGUCCCGCCACCUGGUCAGCCAAGUUUGUCAAUGACGUCAGGCAGUCUCAAUCUAGCCUUGUCACCACGCAGACGAAGAGCAAGCGAUGCAAGAGGCUGUUUUAUGAUGAGAUUGGGGAGAGAGCUGCAGGAGAGUCAAACUCUAAGAAACAGAAGUUCCAAGAGGCAAGCAUCAGUAUGGACGGCAGUGACAUAAAGAAGAAGGGACCAAGGAGAAAGUACCACAAGCGAGCCACCGCAGCCCGUAUCAGACCCUGGGAUCCUGUCAAUAGCAAAGUCUCCAGUCCAGUCUGUGGAAUCACAAGGCAGCAAAACAAUUUGAGCAAAUCCAAAUCGUCCCCCUCAUCCACUGCUUCGAGUGCUGAGCCAUCACCCCAGCAAAGACCCAAAACCAAGCUCUGCGGACAAAACAAACCCAGCAGAAGAAAGUCUCGGAAGCCCAGGAAAAUUGUCCGUGGAGGACUGCGGAUCGUCAUCAAAGAGGAACACAAAGCAGAUCUGGAGUUGGGCGUGGAGGAAAUCAUAGACGUGGAUGAGGUUGACCCUGACUGCCUGACAAAAGAAUUCCGCAAGACAUCCAAUAAUAGACAGCUCUUUUCCGAAAAAAGCAACUACGUACAUGUAGACCAAGACAGCAGCCAAGGCAGUCUGCUGCUCAGUGAGAUUCCCCAACUGCCAGAUGAAAUCAUCGCACCGUUACUCCUGUCUGGUGAUUCUGAACAGUGCUUCCUAGAAGAUUCAGAACUAGAGAGGACACUUCAACCAGAGAUGUAUGCAACCUCAGCAAACGCAAACCGCCUCAAAACGACCAAAUCAGAUGAUGAGAUAGUCCUGACAAUCUUGGAUUUAGAGGAGGAAUCCAGGACCAGCGCCUCAACUCGCAGCUCGCCAGACUCUGUCAGUACUCAGCACUCUGAUCCCACCGCUGCCACCGAUUUUGUCAGUGUCCUAGACCAAGAAGGGUUUUCUGAUCAACUGCAAGGAGCUCUCUUGGAGGCAUAUCGGCUCAUGAGCGCUGAAGCAGGUACUUCUGGCUGUCCACCCACGGUGAUUCUAAGCCCAGUCAGGCUGUCUAAGCUGGGAAGUCUGAACAGAGAGCUGAGCCCACAGAAGACCUUCUACCUUGUCAGCCCGGUCAAACAGGAGAAGCAAAAUCUGGGAACUGAUGCCAAGGAAAGAGGGUAUCUGGGAGAGCACGGUGAAGACAACAUCACUGAAUCCAUGGCUCGCUUUGCAUCCAGUGCCCUGAGCGGUCAGUCCCUGGAUUCUUACAACCAACAACCCAAGACCAAUCAUGAUGUUUCAGAAGCCAUUUACAGCGACAACGAGAAAGUCUAUCGUGGAGCCACCCAGGCCCUCCUCAAUGGCCAACUCGUUAGCAAGACUGCGUCUUCUCUGAAAGCCAGCUCCUACCAAGCCCAAACAACACUGAUCUGCGUCGAUUCUGGAACCCCUACCAAGAACCAGUCCAAGUUGCCUUACUCAGUACCUGCAACGGCUACAACAGGACUGGAAUUUGUCAUCAAGAAACCAGAGACUUCUAAUUCCGCUUCUGACACCAAUAUAAAUGUUGGAUCUCCCUACGUAAGCACGUCACCUUCAACAUCUACUCUUUCAACACCAAGAGGGUACAUGAAUCUCAGUCAUUUAUCUCAGAGCUCAGCAGAGCAUUCAUUAUCACCUGAGCUACCCAAAGAAGCUUACAGUUUGCCAAUCAUCAAGCAAGAGCAGUGGGACUGGACCGACCCACCGACCAUAGAUCUUCAAGCUGACGAAUCACUAGAUGAUCUAAUGAGUGAAGAUCUGCUGGCCAGGUACUGCCACACCUACGACUGUCUGGGCGUGGACUUAGCUGCACAGAACAGCGUUGGGGAAGGACUGAUUGAAGUUCCUGACUGGCAGCCUGAGAAGAAUGUUGGCAGCCAGUCCUCCAAUGGUGAUUUCUCAUCGUCUAUGUCCUCAUCAUCAUCACUGUCAUCCUCGCUGUCGCCCUUGGUAACUGGCCGCAUCUCCCAUGGGUCUGCAACAUCUGACAGCAUGCAAAGCGCGGAGUGCCAGGUAGUUCCUAAUCUGUCCGCUGACGACAAUGGGACUGUCGGCUCCGAGUCGGACACCAGGGAAGGCGAAUUGACAGGGAACCAGUUUGGCUUCCAGAGACAGGAAGUAAAAUCUGAGAUUGAGGACUCCCCGGGAAAGAGUUUACAGAUGUUCCACUGCUGGCUUGUCAAUCAGUAAUUCUCAUCAAGAGUUUCCAUCCGCCAAGCAAGGGUAGCCUUUCAACUUUUGUGAAGUAUUUUGAAAAGGGUUCCUUCCUUUAGUGUUGAAAAACCUUGUUCCAAAUUGGAUUGUUUCACAACUUUUUCUGAAUAUUUUGAUUUUAAAUAAGCUUUAAAACCAUGCUUUUAAUUUUGACAUUGUUUGCAUUUUAGACAUGUUCUAAUUGUUGGAAACUUUUAAGUUGAUUGCAUUGUUUAGGAAUUUGUGAACUUUAAAUCAAGCUUUGAUGUUGAUAUCUGGAAUGUACAUGUUUAAAGACACAGGAAUCCUGACCCUUUUUACCCUUCAAAAUCCAAUAAACACAUUAAGAAUUUGAAGGAUUUUGCAGGAUUAUGGAAGGCUUACCUCAGCAAAUUUAACUUUGCAUUCAGGGGGCUUGAUGCACUGUGAAAGUCCUAUUACAGAAAAUACGACAUUAGUUUUAAAGGAUUUUAGCCUAGUGAGUUAGCACAAGUGUGCAUCCUAGAGAAAUAUACGAAUAUUUCUCUGUUGAAAAGGUUACUGUAUUAUUUUUUAAAUAAAUCAGUCAAACAAUUCUCCAAAUGUAGAAAUGUUGUUGAUAAUUACCAAGAAAUAAUGAUAUGUAUAUGUUGGGCCAUUAUGAAAGAAAUGUGUUCUGUACAAUGUUAAUGACAAUCAAGACAUUACUAUACAUGUUGGAAUGUUGUUUUAGAAAUGUUGUACAGCGUUAUUUUUCGACAACAUGAUGUUGAAAACAAUUGACUUGUUUGUUAACUUAUUGCAUUAUGAAGAAGUAAAAUAAAACAGUUUGCAGAACAAUGUUGUUUUUCA